GGCGCAGCGGCUGCCGCCGCCAUGGCUCCAAGUACAGCCCACAGGCGUGAGGCCGGGCAGGGGACAGGGAGGAGGCACUUCCGGGAGCCAUAAAGUUGUUGUUGAAACGAGGCAGUCCUUCAGGAAAUCCCAUGGACAGAGGAACCUGGCCAGGCUACAGCCCAUGCACUACUGAAAGACUAACACUUUGUUUCUUCAAGUGACUGUUGAAAUGUGCUGCCUUGAGGGGUUAAGUGGAGGGGUUGAAGAUAAUUCUCAGGUUUCUGGUUGGGACAAAUGUACCAGCUGUUCACUGAAGUAAAGAACUGAAGAAAGUUUGUUGACCUCUGCAUCUAUGGGAUAUUCAGAGACUAAAUAUAUAUAUAUGAAGAUUUCAGCUUAUGAAGCUAUCAUCUUAAGAAAAAUGAAGAGUAUAAAGAUUUAGAUCUACUCCAGGAAAUCUAUAAACUUAAAAAAUCACAGAAUACUGUUAAGAAAAAUUAUCCAACAGUUGGAAUAAAGACAGUGUAGCAUGACCUUCCAAUACCAUACUGGGGCAUUGUUUCACAAGCCCACCCAAGGACUAUUUAAUUACCCAUAGGAGUGUACAUUUGUUUGAUCUUGCUAUUUAGAUAGUGUUAAGAGAGAUGUGAAACAAUUCCAGUGGAAAUAUCCAGUGGAAAAAUAACCUCAAAUUUUUGUUUCUAUUGCCCUGUAGGACAUCAACCAAUCUUGUAUCUAGUAAUCAUGUCCUAACACUCUUCUUUAAAUGCCUAUCAAUACCUAGCUCCUCAUGAUGCAUUACACAUGAGUGAGGGGGAACCUCUUCACUGAAGAGUUAAUAUAUCUUAGUUAUGUGUUUAUUCUCUAAGUAUAUUUUUAACUUUUAAAAUAUGUAUUUACUUUGCUGUGCCUGGUAUUAGCUGUGGCAUGUGGGAUCUAGUUCCCUGACCAGGGACUGAACCCGGGCCACCUGCAUUGGGAGUAUGAAAUCUUAGCCACUGGACCACCAGGGAAGUCCCAUGUUAACUUUUUUAAAAUUAUAUUUUAACAAUAUGUAUGGUGUGAUUUUUUUUUUAAUUAUGCAUGUAGAUACAUACAUGCAGGUGUAUGAAGUUAUAUCAAGAAGGGACUCAAAAGAUGCCCACUCACCAAACUGUUGAAGGGGUUACUUCUGUGGGAGGGGUGUGGAGGAAGAUUCCUCUGUAUGCUUGGGAAUCAUGCAAAUCUUCCUCAAGAACAUACUCUACUUGGAUAACUUUUUAAAAUGGCAUUGAGGUAGGAGACCUAACAACAAAAAAAAAAGUUGAUCUGUAUUCAAAUGAAACCUAAAAUGUGAACAAGUAUUUCAACAGUGUGAACACAGCAGGGGAUCAGGCAUCACCCCUUCAAUGUGUUAAGAUGAGGUCUGAGGGUUUUGUGAUUAAUGACACUGGGCAGCAACCAUGGUUGAUGGGUCAGGCUCUAACCUUACUCCUUCCAAAGGCAGGAGAUUUCAGAUCUUGGCCAGGCCUGGGACCCGACUUCUGGGGCAGUCAGGCAAGAGGCAGUAGGGCUGGCCAAGUUCAAAAUCGACUUUUUCUACUUUAGUUCCUUGGAGAUUGCACAUCCCUCCACACCAUUUGGGGCCAGUUUUCAGCCGUAUUUUGUUGACAGUCCUGGAGUUCUCACCUCUCACAUGUAGUUUUCUUUUCUUGGCUUCUGUUCUUGCCCAUUCCACAGCCUUGGGUAGAACUGGACCUUAGUCUCAGUACCAAGUCCCUUACUGUCUGUGAAAACUUGAGCAGACAAUCCCUGUGCCCCAGGCCUGUGUGUAAAAUAGGCUUUGUGCCACCAAUCCCAGCUUUCUCCUGGGACUCCUGGCACAGUAGAGGCAAGGGGUGUGAAGAUGCCAAGUGCGGGAAGGUGGCAGAGGGGAGAGCUGGUCAGCGUCAUGUGUUGGAAGAACAUCUGGGAGAAGAUGGAAAAGCCAGUUGCUCUCCAGGCCAUGCCUGGGGAGGGUGUGGGAAGGUCCCAGGACAGCUAUGGAGGAUCCACUGUCCCUUCCCUUCCAUCAGGAGUUUGGAACAAAUACUUGGAGCUUGUGAUCCAGCUCAGGCCUGCCCUCACCUGGUUACACCCUCCAGUUACACCGGAGAGGCUUGAAUAGAUGAGAUCACACCUGACCUCUCACCCACCUAAAAGGUGCUGUGGAUCCACAUGCCCCUCCCCUUUUCUGGAUCCCAGUUCUUCAUCUGUGGAAUGUGACCACACUACCUCCAGCGUGGACAUGUUGCAGACUCAGUGAGAAGACUCACACCAGAGCACAAACUGGGAUGGGGAGCACUGUCCCUUCCUCCGAUAGGGCCCCCUGCUCUGUACGUUUAGCCCGGCGCCCUCCACCAAUUCAGAGCUGCCCUGGCCAUCCAUGAAACACCCGGUAUUGGCCGGAACCAGCCCAUGUUCUAGAAUCUUGUUCUCUAUAAUGUCCUUCUUAUUCUAGAAUCCCACAGCUAUUCCAGGCUGGACGCUCUAGAACCAGAGGGGUCAGCUGCUCUUCCUGGACAGUGUCUGCCUGCUCAAGCUCUGCGGCCCGCCUUGAGUCCGUGCUCCAGCCAUGAUGCGGUGGCGGGACCGCGUGGCCGUGCUCUUCUUCCCACAAGGCAUGAUUCUCACCAUGGCCGCACUGAUGCUCUUCUUCAUACACCUGGCUGUCUUUGCCAGCGACGUGCACAACUUCUGGGUCACCUACCGCUACGACCGCAUGAGCUUCCGCUACACCGUUGUCCUGAUGUUCUCCCAGGUGAUCAGCAUCUGCUGGGCCGCCAUGGGGUCACUCUACGCUGAGAUGACAUAUGACAAGUUUCUUCGCUGCUUUUCCCUGACCAUCCUGAUUCUCAACGGGGCCAUGUUCUUCAACCGCCUGUCCCUGGAGUUUCUUGCCAUCCAGUACCGGGAAGAGAGCCACUGAAGCCUGGGACCCGGGCUGAGAAGGGGGAAGGAAAAGGCUGCUUCGGG